AUGUCCAGUGGUGCCAGCGCGCGUGAGGGCUCCAUUGGGGUACAUCAGCGGCCCCUCGGACAUCUGCAGCAGUCACAACGUCCAACACAUCAGCCGCAGCAACCGCAGCAACCGCAACCGCAGCAGCAGCCGCAACAGCAGCAGCCCUCACAGCAGGGCGAGGCGGGUGAGGCGUACCGCUACCUACUGCGCCACGGCGUGCAUAGUACAGUUGAGGGCAUAUUCAGCGGCGUGCUAAACGAGCAGCCGGAAGAUCCGCUGCAGUACAUUCUGGAACAUAUGCGUGCCAACGGCGGGAAAUCCGCCGGUAAGGAGUGCUCCAUAAAGACUGCCAACGGCGGCUGUCCGAACACUGGUAGAAAGGAAUCCCAGCAACCGUCAGAGCCUUCCCCCGUGCAACGCGAAGUGUCGACGGAGGAGACGUGUGACAGUAAAAAGCCAGCGGACAGAGACCCUGCCGCACGAGAAGUGGAAAAGGGAGACUUGGAGGAAAGACGCCAGGAGGAAAAGGCCCCAGUUGAGGAGGAAGAAGAGAAGGAACCGCCAGGGCUGCCGUUAACGGCUACGGCGACGGCGCAUGCAUCUGAGGCGCCCGCAAAAACGGAUACGGAGACGUGGACGCUUUCAGCGGGUGGCGUCAACGCCCCAUCGACCCCUCUGCCUGAGUCGACUGCACAAACGCUGCAGACAAGUCUUACUAGCACGAGGACAAAUGUCUGCAUGAUGCGGCCUGCCUCCGCCAUGUUAGUGCCUUGGAACCCCGCGCGCAGCAAUCGCAAUGAGACACCCUAUGGACCCGCAGGCCUUAGAUUGGCCACGGCCGGGGGCGAAAACACGUAUAACAGCGCCGGCACGGCGGCCCUAGACCGCGAUGACAGCACCCGAAGCGAUCUCUCGGCGUUCAGCUUGGCUUCCGUGGACAUGCAGGACUUCCUACAGGAGUUUCGUAGUGCCAAGGCCGACUGUGUUGGGGCGGAGACACAGCUGGUGGACAUUGAGAUGCUAUCGGAGAUCCUGCAGUGCGUAAAUAUUCCUCUUCCGGAAAUUCCGCUCAUUGCGGAGUUAUUUGACGACGUGAAGCGCACUGGUGCAAUGCGGUACAGCCACGGCUGCCUCCCCGCCGAGGAGGGGGUUGGCACAGACACACCGGCCGCCACAUCGUGCGCAGCGGAGGCCGAGGCACGGGAACGAGUGUACUUUGACGCUUUCCUUGCCCGUAUGGCCUUCGUGAUUCAGGGUCGCUACCCAACCGAGGUUGUGCGGGGCACGUUCUACUCCAUCUUGGAGUCCGUCGUGCAAAAGAAGUGCUCUGCAGAUGGAGUGGCUCAAGAGCGGCAACAGCAAAAAUGCACGGGCGACGAAACACGUCGCACAAGCUCCUCCAGUGGGAGCGCCACGAGUAGAUCGAUCCGUGCAGCCCCCAAGAGCCACUGUAGAAGCCGCAGCAACACUUACGCAGACAGCGGAGGAAACAACUCCACCACGGCGCCAAGCCCAAAUUAUACCGCCAUGCAAACUUAUCCAAGUAUGCCCCGAACAAAAUCCGCACAUUGCGCUGCGGCCAAUGGCGCUCAACCCGCAGCUGAGUUGUCUACUCUACUGCACGGUGUCUCCCUGGCGGUGUGCGUGGAAGAGGGUCUCUGGCGCGGCUUAGGUAUCCCUGUAAGUAAGGCAGAGGUAGUAAAUGCCCUGCAGCUCCUUGGCAUCCCGGUAGAUGACACCUACGAAUUUCACGUAAAUGAAUUUGUACGGCUGGUCAUGGCAUUAACGGGGCAGAGUGUAUUACACGGCGUUGGAGAAAAGGUUACCCCGUGGAUGAUGUCAUCCCUCGGUAGGGAAAAUUCGCUCAUGCCAUUUACGGGAUCUUGCAAGGAUGAGGGCAUGUAG